AUGAUCGAUAGGGUUCAAAAAGAAUGCUUGAUCAGUAAGUGGAGCCCAUACUUAAUCACACCUAGCAGAUAUCAGUCAAGAGUUGUACAUACAGAUUUCUAUCAAAAUAUCUGCAUAUCUUCAGCAGAUCAGAUACAAGACUUCACGGCUGCACCUCCAAGAACAACCCUUUCAAUAUCAAUCCCAUUUAUUAAAUUAGGCCUACCAUCCUCGUCCGAGCAGAUUGUUUCAACUCAUAGAUUUAAUGACGAUUCAUCUAACAUCACUGCUAAGCUUCAAAAACCAAAGGAACCACCUUUGGCCUCCAUACUUUAUAGAUCAAAGGAGGCUGCUGGAAAAGCUUGGUCUCGCUAUAAACCAAAAAAAAGGACUCGGGCAUUAUAUAAUGGUUAUCAAAGUAAUGAAGAUUACCUUGAUGAUAUCACUGAUGAUGAUGAUGAUGAAGAUGAUGAUGAUGAUAAUGAUGAUAAUGAUGAUGAUGAUGAUGAUGAUGAAGUGAAUGACGACGUUUCAUCUGAGGAAAUUGAUGCAGUGCAUGGCUUACCCAAGUCAUUGAAUAAUGAAGCAGUUAACAGCACUAAUAACAGUGGUGCUAAUCGGAUUUCCAGAAAUUCGUUGGCAUCUGCUUUAAAAAUGAAAAGUUCAAAAAUUAGAUCAGACAUAGCAACCCCUCAUCAUAAUUUGCACUUUUUUAAAGUUUCUCGUCCAAAGAAUACUUCCUCCAGUAAUUUACUUUCCAGAAUUUAUCCUUCUACCGAUCAGUUUGUCAAUAUCAUAAAUAAUACAGUUACCACUACUACCUCUACGAGUAGCACUAUGACAACAAAUAUUAUGCCUGUUACUCGAAUAACUGAAGUGAAUUCUCCCAAAAUUUCUGCAUCAUUUUUUGUACCAGUUCCAGCAAAUCCUUCUCGAUGGAACACAACUACAAAAGAUUCAAAACUAUUCAUUGAACAUCGAAAUUAUGCUCUUAAUAUCGGUGUUAAUGAGCAACAUCCUGAUAGUCGACAAGUAAUUCGUAAUAAAUUGAUAGAACAACUCAGAAGUUUAAAUGGUUAUGAGCAAGAAAGAAUCAAACAAAUUGGCUUACAAGAUUGCUUAUACAACUGCAUUCUACGUGUUGCAUUUUUGUGCUUAAGCGUUAAUUACGAUAAAUAUUCAAAAGAAAACUCUGAGAAUUACGAUAUCAACGAAAUACGUAAAUGCUUUUCGAUAUGUGAAAAUGCCAUGAUUCAUACAUUGAACGGACUUAUUGUGGAUGGUAUUUACACGCCAUUGGAAUGUUUAAGUGUAUGUGCGCUAUCACGUCAUGUAUAUCACGCAACAUGUUAUUCCGUUAAUUGGUUCAAAGACACUCGUACUUGCUAUUUACACACUUCAAAAACUAAACUAGAAGACUUGAAUGCUACAACUUCUUCAGAUUUUUUCUUAAAUAACUGUGCUGGUAAAGAUUUCACUACCGGAAAUGUGGAAAGUAGCGAAUGCGAGGACGAUGAAUGUGAUAGUAGAGAUCAGAAAUUAUUAUGGCAAUAA